AGAUCAAGUAAUGAAUAGAGCGUUUUUUUCAUAUAAUACUCGUAUUAUCAUAUAAUAAUCGUAUUGUAGUACGAGUCUUAUAACGAACUGAAAAUUUAAACUUGCUGUCAAUAAUAAUAUGAAAUAAAUAAAUUAUUAGAUUCGAUUUGGAACGGCUGAUAAGUUAUAUUUUAAAAUGUUUAUUUAUAUGAGUAAGAAGAUAGCUAUACCUAAACAAUCAAAUGUAACUUGUUUAGCAUGGAAUCAUUCUUCUGGUUAUAUAGCGGUGGGAGGAGAAGAUGGAAUGUUAAAAGUUUUAAAGCUAGAAUCGGGUGGAAGUGGAAACCUAUCAAUGAAUCUCAGCUUAGAAGGUCACACAGGGCAAGUAUGUGUAGCAAUAUGGAAUGAAGUAUUUCAAAAAUUGACUACCAGUGAUGAGCAUGGUGUCAUUAUUGUUUGGAUGUUAUAUAAGGGAUCCUGGUAUGAAGAGAUGAUAAACAAUAGAAAUAAGUCAACAGUCACAAGUAUGGCUUGGGGUUCAGAUGGUCAAAAAAUCUGUAUAGCCUAUGAAGAUGGUGCAGUUAUAGUAGGCUCUGUUGAUGGAUCUCGUGUAUGGGGUAAGGAUAUAAAAGGCCCAGGAUUGAGUGCAGUCCAAUGGUCUCCAGACAACUCCUUGCUGCUGUUUGCUCUAUCCAAUGGAGAGUUGCAUCUUUAUGAUGAUCAAGGAAAUUUUAUGAUGCCUGUGGCGAGUAAUGGUGUACCUGGAUCAAUGGAAAUUGUUACUAUGGAUUGGUUUUCUUUAAAAGCACCACCUAGUAGGCCCAUACUGGUGAUAAGCUACAGGAGUGGUCUUUUGCUUUUGAUGAAGAAUUGCACAGAGGAAGAAAGCAUUGUUGUGGAUACGAAAAUGAAAAUAAUUGACUGUCAAUGGAAUCACAAUGGCACAGUAUUGGCAGUUGCCGGUGAAACACAAGAGCAAACCAAUGUAGUUCAGUUCUUCAAUUCACACGGAGAGCACACGAGGACGCUGCGCGUGCCGGGCGGGGCCCUGCGCGCGCUGUCGUGGGAGCAGCGCUCGCUGCGGCUGGCCAUCGCCAUCGACUCCUUCAUAUACUUCGCCAACGUCAAGCCCGACCACAAGUACGCCUUCUACGGCAACACUCUCGCCUUCGUCUCCACCGCCGACACCGUCACCUUCUGGGACACUGUCACCCAUCAGUCGUGGAUAAAUCACGUACCCGACGUGAUAGACAUGUGUGGCGCAGACGAAUACUGCAUUAUAGCGACGACUAGCACACUUAUUAUAUCGAAUCAACAGGGGAUUCAGUGUGACGCGAAAGCAAUCACCAUACCCGUUGCAUAUGUUACCAUUAACAGCAAAGCAAUAGCGGUGGCCGCAUCUAAAGAAUCGUUUUUAAUUUGGAAGUUCUCUACCCCUUCCAGGCCACGAGUAACAGAACAAAUGUACCACGCAGACGGUACUGUAUUGACAUCCGGGGAAGGUGGAUUUCAUGAUGAUACAAUUUGCUGCAUCACAUGUUCAGAUAGCCAUCUCUUGAUUGGAAGAGAUUCGGGUGCCAUUCUUCUGUUUUCGUUGGUGAAUUUCAAGAAAAUUACAACCAUCAAUAUAAACGCAAAGCCGUACAAAUUAGGACUCAAUUCAAAUUCCAGCAAGCUGUUCGCGAUCGAGCAGGGCGGCGCGCUGCACGUGUCGGAGGCGGCGGGCGCGGGCGCGGGCGCGGGCGCGGCGCUGCGGCGCGACGCGUGGGGCGCGCGCUGGGCCGCCGACGACGCGCAGCUGCUCGCCGUGGCCGAGAAGGCGCGCCUCUACGUGCUGCGCGACUCGCAGCCCGAGGAGCCGCUCGCCGUCAACGGCUACCUCUGCCGGUUCAAGGAAUUGGAAAUAACGACUGCUCUUUUAGAUAACAUAACCGACAAGUGUACACCCCAGCAUAUAGUACGAGUUGAGGUCAAAUCAUUGCGAGACACGCGGCAACUUAUCGAAAAAGUUGGAUUGAAAGAGGCUGAAAACUUUAUAAAGGAUAAUCCGCAUCCAAAAUUAUGGCUUCUGCUGGCGGAAGGCGCGUUGCGGAAGUUGGAGUCGGCCACGGCGCUGGAGACGGCGGAGACGGCGUUCGUGCGGCGCGGGGACUACGCCGGCGUGCGCUUCGUGGCGCGCCUCAACGCGCUGCACUCCACCGCUCUCAAGAGGGCGGAGAUCCUCGCCUACUUCCGAGACUUCGAUGGCGCCGAGAAGAUUUAUCACGAAGAGGACAGGCGUGAUCUUGCCAUAGCUCUCCGAAAACGUUUGGGCCACUGGUUCCGUGUUGUCGAACUGUUGAAGAUGUCAGUGACCACUACGGACGCCCAGGUCAAGCAAGCAUACAGUAAUAUAGGAGACUAUUAUAUAGACAGACAAAAUUGGACCGGUGCCCUCGAGUAUUAUAAUAUGUCAAAUAAUAAAGAAGGACUUAAAAAAUGUUAUAUGGCUCUAGAAGACAACGAAUCUUUAACAAAACUUCUAUCAGGAUCACCCAGACAUGCUAAGGAGAAAUUACCGAAACAAAUAACCGAAGAUAGAAACGGCAGCAUGCAGGAGCCUUCGAUACAGAAUAUCACCCAACUGAAAGAGAGUGGACAACUCUCCCAGGCUGCGGCCAUGGCUUUUCAAUUGGCAGAUCUCGAGGCAUCAAGGGCAUCGUCUCCUUGGCGAAUAAAGAAGCUCUACGUUUUAGCUGGACUUUUGUAUCGUCAACAUGGUAUAGAGGGCGCGGCGGCGCGCAGCUGGCGGGCGGCGCGCGCGCAGCACUGGCUGUGCGCCGCGCUGGGCGGGCCGCGCGCCGAGCUGGCGCCGCGCCGCGCCGCGCGCCUGUGCCGCGCGCUGCCGCAGCUGCACCCCGCGCAGCACGUGCAGGCAUGGUGUACCGUCGCAAUGAUAUCCCUGCAGGCUCGAGCUUUCGAGCUUUGCUCUAAAGCUUUAAUCAAACUGGAAGCUUGCAACCCCGAAGUCUUUGAAAACAUUGCCAUUGAAAUAUUUACAAGAUACAAACCGAAAGACGCAAGAGGUAACAAAGUUGAAUGCCCUCAAUGUCAGAUGAGAAUACCAGAUUGGGUGGCAUCCUGUCCUGGCUGUUCUACGGAAUUUCCCGGAUGCGUAGUGUCUGGUCGGCCGCUGUUAGCACCACAUACAACUUGGACUUGCAGUGUAUGCGAAGCGAACGCACAACAUCAUGAAUUAGUUUUACGACAUUCAUGCCCUAUGUGCCAUACACAACUAACAUAAAAAUAUUUUAAUUUGUACUGUCCAAUGUAAUCCGUCCAUUUAAAAUGAGUAAAUACAUGGUGUUUCUUUAUUUUAAGGAAUAAAAAUAUUAGACAAUG